CACUGCGCACGCGCAGUAGGGCUCCGGGAGGCCGAACGGCCCUGUGGAAGGGGAAGGAAAGGCCUCCGCUUCCCGGAGACAAAAUGGAGCGCGGCGGCAACGAGGCCUUUUCCUCCGUCUCCUUCGUCGUCGUGACCGGACCGGGAGCCUCGGAGGAGGAAAGAAAGCGCCGAAAUUAGGCCGAAGGCGCCGGGAGCGAGGAAAGAGAGAGGCCUGGGAAGCUGGAGCUCGACAUGAAUGGGGCGGCUUCGUGGCCCUCGACUCCUCCCACAAUGCUACAUGACUAAGCACAGGCUUCCGGGGGCGUUGUGCCAUGGAGGACGACAAGCGCAACAUCCAGAUCAUUGAGUGGGAGCACCUGGACAAGCGCAAGUUCUACCUGCUGGGCGUCUGCAUGACCAUGAUGAUCCGGGUCAGCGUCUACCCCUUCACGCUCAUCCGCACACGCCUACAGGUGCAGAAGGGCAAGAGCCUGUACCAGGGCACCUUUGACGCCUUUGGGAAGAUCCUGCGGGCGGAGGGCCCGGCGGGGCUGUACCGGGGCUUCCUGGUGAACACGCUGACGCUGGUCUCGGGCCAGUGCUACGUGACCACCUACGAGCUGACGCGCGGCUACGUCUCCCGCUACACGGGCAGCAACACCCUCAAGUCCCUCCUGGCCGGGGGGUCGGCCUCCCUGGUGGCCCAGAGCAUCACCGUCCCCAUCGACGUGGUCUCCCAGCACCUCAUGAUGCAGCGGCGCCAGGGGCACAGCAUGGGCCGCUUCCGCGUGGCCCCCGGCGCCCCACAGGCCCCGCCCCCCGCCGGAGGCCGGCCCCGCCCCCCGCCCCCCCGCCUCUUCUGGGGGCAGACCCGGGACAUCGUGGCCCAGAUCUUCCGGGCCGACGGCCUGCGGGGCUUCUACCGCGGAUACGUGGCCUCGCUCCUCACCUACAUCCCCAACAGCGCCGUCUGGUGGCCCUUCUACCACUUCUACGCCGCUGGCCAACCUGACCCCCAAGGACUGUCCGCACCUGCUGCUCCAGGCCAUCUCGGGCCCACUGGCCGCGGCCACCGCCUCCACCCUCACCAACCCCAUGGACGUCAUCCGGGCCAGGGUCCAGGUGGAGGGGAAGAGCUCCAUCCGCCUGACCUUCCGCCAGCUGAUGGCCGAGGAGGGUCCCUGGGGGCUGACCAAGGGCCUCUCGGCCCGCAUCAUCUCGGCCACGCCUUCCACCAUCGUCAUCGUGGUCGGCUACGAGACCCUCAAGAAGCUCAGCCUCCGGCCCGAGCUGGUCGACUCCCGGCACUGGUAGCACACACUGGGCAGCACUGGGCAGCGGAAGGACCGCCAUCCAUACAGCCAGGAAGAAAGAACGGGUGGACUUUGUGGGCCUCUGUCCAGGAAACGCUGGAGACUCUCAAGGCGUCCUUUUGCAGACGGAACAAAAAACCCUUCGCUCCCGUGAUUCGCACCCAAAACGUGGUCUUUUUUUCUUAUCAAAUGGAGAUGUAAUUCCUACAAAAGGUUGGCUUUCCUUCCGCAAAUGGUCCUCUUGUGUGUGUCACAACCUCGAACUCGCCAUAAGGCCGUGGAUUUACAAAACGGGCUGCAAAAUGUGAACGGUUUUGAGACUUUCUUUUGGAGAGAUUGAGGUUCUUGGAGAGACAACCUGAGCAUCGAGACUGAGACCUCUCUCCUCCUUUUUGGAUACAACUUGCCAACAUGGCUCUCCGUUUCCUUCCUUUCUGGCGUGUCAAAAAAGGUAGAAAUGCGUCUUUUUUUCCUUCGUCUUUCCCGCGAUUGUUCCGUAUUUCGUUCUGUGGCCUUUGCAAAUGGGAAGAAAGGGAAACCCAGUGGCUCCCAGUCCUUCCCAUGUCGAUCCUUCCCUUCGUUUCUUCACUUUUUUGGGGGUUCUUUUGUACAUAAUAUUUGUGCAAAGAAGGAGUGUGACGUUCAGUGGAGACGCAGCAAAGGGAGGUCCUUCUUACUAGUUUUCCGCUGGAGAAUAGGACUGGUUUGAACUGGGACUGACUGGGAUGGGAGACAGACAUGGGAGAGAUGCCCUGUGUUGCACUUUGGGAUUCCUUUCCUUCUUAAAAGACAUAUUAUUAUUAUUUUUUGUGUGCCAUAAUAAUCAGAAAGCGUCACCCAUUCUCCUUGGAGCAAGGCUUCAAGGCGGUAAAAACAGUGGAAUUAUUAACAUUUUAUUUUGGGUUGGGAUGGAAAAUCCCCUGAAAAGGCUGCUGUGAUGGAGCGAAGACUCAGAGAGAUCAAUUCAUCAGGUAUAUAUAGGUGUGUGUAUGAGGAACAUACAGAUAUAUUCAUAUAUAUUCACGAAUGUAUAUGUAUAUAUGAUUAUAUACCACAUAUAUGUAAGCACACACAUAUGUAUAUAUGUCUGAUGUACUGAUAGUGUAUGUAUAUUUCGGUGUGUGUAUGUAUAUAUGAUGAACAUACAGGUAUAUAUAUAUAAAUAUAUUUUCAUGAAUAUAUAUAUAUAUAUAUAUAUAUAUAUAUAUAUAUAUAUAUAUGAUUAUAUACCACAUAUAUGUACGCACACAUCUGUAUGUCUGAGGAACAGAUAGUGUAUGGUAUAUUUGUGUGUGUAUGAGGAAAGUGUGUGUAUAUGUGUGUAUAUAUACAUAUAUAUACAUACAUACACAAAUAUAUAUAUGGUUAUAUUUAAUAUAUAUACACACAAUUAUAUAUGUGGGUAUGUUUAUAUGUAAUAUAUAUACACGCAUAUGUGUGUGUCUGAUGAGUUGCUAGUGUAUAUAUAUUUGUAUAUGUGUGUAUAUAUAUGAUGAAUAUAUAUAUAUAUCUAUACUGUAUAUGUAUACAUCUGAUGAACAGAUAGUGUAUAUAUAUUUGUGUGUAUUUAUGAUGAACAUACAGAUUUAUAUUUUAUAUAUAUACACACACACAAUUUAUAUAUAUGUCUCAUGAACUGAUAUCCAUAUAGAGAUGAAUAUAUGAUCAUAUACUGAACACAUACACAUAUAUAUGAUGGAUAUGUGUGUGCGUGUAUGAAUGAUCAUAUACUGGGAAAAAUAUAUACACACAUUUAUAUAUCUGUCUGAUGGAUUAUAUAUAUAUAUGAUCAUAUGCUGAUAUAUAUAUACGCACAUAUAUGUGUGAUGGACUGAUACACACACACACAUAUGUAUAUACAUAUAUAUAAUGGAUAUAUAUGUGUGUGUAUGAAUGAUCAUAUACUGGGAAAAUAUAUACACACAUUUAUAUAUCUGUCUGAUGGAUUAUAUAUAUAUAUGAUCAUAUGCUGAUAUAUAUAUAUACACACACACACACACACGUAUAUAUAUAUAUAUGCCUGAUGAAGUGCUAGAGAGCGAUGUCUAUGAUGAACUGAUGCCACCGACUUCCCAAUUGGCUUCCAUUGAUUGCAGACCUGAUCCGGUGAAGACGUUUCCUUUUGGGGUCUGCACUUGUCCUUAUCCCACCUUUGUCCCCCUCUCUCUCUCUCGAGGCCUCAUUCCAGACCCCCCUCCCGGCCUCUGGGGCCCUUGCCGGGCACCCCGAUUCCUUGUGUGCCCACUUGCCCCACUUCCCUCCCCGUCCGGUCCCAUAGAAGCCAAUGCAAUGCCUACCUGCCCCUUUCCCCAAAUGGGAACCAAUCCAGUCCUUCCAGUGAAUGUAUUUCUGUCCAGGGCGAAGGCCGGUCUCCGUUAUUUUUGCACUGGGGAGGAGACUUUGAAGCGUCAUUAAAGUUUUUUAUUAUUUAUUCGA